AACCGGUCGCCGAACGAAAAUUCAAAAAUUCGUUAUAUUUUUUAUGGCUUCUCAAACGAGGGGAGGAAUUUAGAGAACGGCGUCGCUAGGGGUUGCUUGGUUUGUACGGCCGCUUCGCGCCUGCGCGCGUAGUUCGCGCCACUGCUACGUUGCUUGCAAGCCAGAUGUUCUGAAAAGCUUCCUGUCGUCGUUACAUUGCUCUGCAUUUUUAUCUAGAUAUAAAAUGUGGACUAGGAUUAUUUUAUUAUUUUAUAUUAUGAGUGAAGUAUCCAGUGUAUAAUUUAAUAUGUGUUCAGUAGAUUGUGUCGUUUAAUUGAAAGUUAUCGAGCGUCUCGAUGUCCACGAGUUCACUCGAGACCAACAAAGCGGCGGACAUUUUAUUUUGAGUACUCGAUAAUGUAGCGUUUGCGUCGAAAACAUUAAAUGUCGUUUUAUGGUUCUGUAUUUGGAUAUCGUUCGCUUACACCUUUCCGAUGCCGAGGGGGGUGAAGCGAGGGCCGGCGGAGGGCGAAGCUGAGGUGGUCGUACGCGUCGGAGCAUCUCCGUCGCACACAACACUCUUAGAUGACAGCCCCAGCCAGCCCAUCAGCUACCACCUGCUCGACCAUGGGUACGGUGCCACGCCUCAACACCAGAUUCGGCGGGAGGCGCCCACCGCACCGCCGAAGACUUCAGAAGCGGUGAAAAGAAGACUGAACCUGAGCGAGAGCAGUUCAGGCAGCCAGGGUCACGUGGUGCCCAUGAAAGCUGACUUCAAGACGCCGAAGCAGAAACGCGUCAAAGUCCUUACUCCCUAUAGUCGCCCGUCCAGUUCUAUGAAAAAAUACACCGAACGUUCCAGGUUUGACACAUCAUUAGGUCUAUUAACAAAAAAAUUCGUAGCACUCCUCAAGUCAUCGCCCAAUGGUGUUCUCGAUCUUAACAUAGCGGCCGAGCACCUCUCGGUUCAGAAACGACGAAUAUAUGACAUCACAAACGUAUUAGAGGGUAUAGGAAUAUUAGAGAAGAGAUCGAAAAAUAAUAUACAAUGGAAGUGUGGCGUGGGCGGCGCGGGCGGCGCGGGCGAGGAGGCGCGCGCGCGGCGGCUGCGGCGCGAGGUGCGCGCGCUGGGCGGGCGCGAGGCGCGGGUGGCGCGCGCCGUGAGCGCGGCCGAGCACGCGCUGUCGCGGCUGUCGGCCGAGCACGGCGCGCGCGCCUACAUCACCUACGCCGACCUGCGCUCCAUCAGGGACUUCCGGAACCAAACCGUCAUACCCAUCAAGGCGCCCCCGGACACGAGGCUCAGUGUACCACAUCCAGAUGAGAAAGGGUAUAUGAUUCAUUUGAAAUCUAUGUCUGGAGAAAUAGAAGUUUACCUCUGUCCUAAAGAAAGACCACCAACACCUCCUCCCUCAUCAGGGCUAUUACCGUCGGAUCCCUUAUUGGAAGACAACAAGGCUCUGCUGGCUCCGCUCAUAGCACAAUUGCAGUCCAUGCCCUCCAGUUCUAUCACUGCUGCCUUCACGACACCCAUCAAGCGCGAGCCGGCGUCGUCGUCGUCGUCGUGGUCGCGCAGCCUCGUGGUGCGCUCGCCCUGCGUCACCGACCCCACGCUGCCGCUGGCCGCGCCCGCCCCCGCGCCCGCGCCCUCGCCCGCGCCCGCGCCCUCGCCCGCCCCCGCCCCCGCCGCCUCCUCGCCUUUACUCUCCACACCCGACAGCAGCGGCGCGCGGGGCCGGCUGCGCAACGCGCUCAUCGCCGACAGCGACGACUUCGCGCCCAUCAUGGGCGGCGGCCGCUUCCAGCUGCAGACCGAGGACCAGGAGUCAGAGCCGCUGGAGCUGGAACCGUUCCUGGCGCUGGAGCCGCCGAUGUCGGCGAACGACUACGGCUUCUGUCUCGACCACGACGAGGGUUUGUCGGAACUUUUCGACUUCGAGUUCUAGUGACGUUCGUGUGAGCUCCGUGCGAGGGCCUC